CUGCUCCUGGCUGAGCUUCCCCCACCGUGCACCACCACCACAUGCCACCUCACAGCUACGGCAGCAAGCCAAAAUACCUCACCGCCGUCGCCGCAACUGAUCACACAACAAGAUACCCACCGGUCAUGGCUCCUGCCACAUCGUCCUGUGCCGUCCUUCGCUUCGUCGCCGACGAGGCGGCACUGCCGGAGACACUCCAUGUCGUGCGGCUGCAGCGGCUCCGCCUUCGCCGCGCAGCGGAGGGAUGCCUCGACCCCAUCGCCGAGGAGGAGGAAUACGCUGGCACCAGCAGCACAAGCGGCGGCCAAGACGACGACGACGCCCCCGCCUGCUCGCCCAGCGCCCACGGCGGCAGCAGCGGCGCCGUCGACCUUGCCCAGUGUCGUCGUCGAUAGGCCGGAGCUAUUAGACACAGUGUUUAGUAGUACUAGCAGAGUCGACCUCCUCUGUAGCUGUGGUGUGUGGAUGUACCAUAAUACGGUGCAGUUCAUGCGUGCGUGCUGUAAUUAGUCCAUGUCCAUCCAUGAAUUGAUGAUGCGAGCUGCUUAGUUUGAUGCCCAACAA